AUGAGCAAUACCGAUUUCCUGGGGAGGGCGAUUGACACGGUCAAGAAGGCCAUCGAGAAUGACAAUGAGGGCGAGUACGAGAAGGCUUAUCAGCUGUACUACUCCUCGCUGGAGUUGUUCAUGCUGGCCCUGAAAUGGGAGAAGAACCCCAAGUCCAAGGAGAUGAUCCGCGCAAAGACCGGCGAGUACAUGGAUCGCGCGGAGAAACUCAAGAACCACCUGGCCUCGCAGGAUAAUCGGAAAAAGCCGAGUGCUGUCGGUGCUAACGGCAAGGUGGCGCAGGGAAGUGGGAAGGGAGGGUACGUACCCAUGCUAUUUGACUUGGCUGGCACAUUAUGUACUGAUGCUUUGCGUUAUAGGAAAGAGGAUGAGGAUGCUGAGGAUGCCGACUCCAAGAAGCUACGAAACGCCCUUGCUGGCGCUAUCUUGUCGGACAAGCCCAACGUGCAGUGGGAGGAUGUCGCGGGUCUGGAGAGCGCAAAGGAGGCAUUGAAGGAAGCAGUGAUUCUACCCAUCAAGUUCCCACACCUGUUUACCGGGAAACGACAACCUUGGAAGGGAAUCCUGCUAUAUGGGCCCCCAGGUACCGGAAAGUCGUAUCUCGCCAAGGCCGUUGCGACGGAAGCGAACAGCACAUUCUUCAGUGUCAGCAGCAGUGACUUGGUCUCGAAGUGGAUGGGUGAGAGUGAAAGACUUGUCAAACAGCUCUUCAACAUGGCGCGAGAGAACAAACCCGCAAUUAUCUUCAUUGACGAAGUCGAUGCCCUCUGCGGUCCUCGUGGAGAGGGCGAAUCGGAGGCCUCGCGUCGUAUCAAGACGGAAUUGCUUGUUCAAAUGGACGGUGUUGGCAAGGACUCGAAGGGCGUUCUGAUCCUGGGCGCAACGAAUAUUCCCUGGCAGCUGGAUGCAGCUAUUCGUCGUCGAUUCCAGCGGAGAGUUCAUAUCAGUCUCCCCGAUAUCAACGCGCGGAUGAAGAUGUUCAUGCUGGCCGUCGGGUCAACACCGUGUGAACUGACGCAGGCCGACUACCGGUCCCUGGCCGAGAUGAGCGAGGGCUACUCCGGUAGUGAUAUCAGCAUUGCUGUUCAGGAUGCACUGAUGCAACCGAUCCGAAAGAUCCAAACAGCGACCCACUACAAGAAGGUAAUCCUGGACGGCGCCGAAAAGCUCACCCCCUGCUCGCCGGGCGACCAGGGCGCAAUGGAGAUGUCAUGGACGACCGUGGAAGCAGAGCAGCUUUUAGAACCCCCUCUCAUACUGAAAGACUUCAUCAAGGCUGUCCGCAACUCACGGCCAACCGUCAGCCAGGAGGAUCUCUCCCGAAACUCGGAAUGGACCCAGGAGUUCGGCCUCGAGGGCGCCUAA